ACGCGCAGCUGGGGUUCCUGCCGACCCUACAGGCAUCCACAACGACAGAACGGUUGGUUCACGCGUUGUCCUGCUGACUGCCAUGCGGACUGGGUCGUCAUUCAUCGGGGAGAUAUUUGGCCGAAACAGUGAUGUCUUUUAUCUCUUCGAACCCGGCCAAUCGCUUCUGACCGAGCUUCAUUCCCAAGGCGCUCUAUUUCUGCGACCAAUUUACAUGGAUAUGUUGAGUGCCCUCUUCCACUGCAACACAUCGUCGCUUAAUUUUUACAUGAAAUGUCUAUCACGGCAUCACCCAUUCGAAGUCAGGAAAAAGGUACCCCGACUAUUUGAUUUAGUCUGCUACAAGUGGCCAGCUGCAAGACCAGGUAUCGCCUGCAGAAAAAUUGACGCCGAGCUGUUUGAGAGAAAGUGUCGAGAGAAAAGACACAUUGCGGUUAAGUCCAUUCGCAUUUGGGAUAUCGGGAUGUUUCAGCCACUGAUACAAGACGGCAACGUGAAAUUAAAGGUCGUUCACCUCGUACGAGACCCACGUGGGAUGACUGCUUCGCGAGUGCUGGCCAUGAAUUUUGUUGAUAGCACCAUAAACAAACUAGAGGCGGGUUCAUUCACGGAUGAAAUGCAAUUGUACUUAAUGGAGUACUGCUCCUAUAGCAUCGACAAUAAAGAAAUAGGCUACUACCACCCUGAGUACCGGAACAAUUACUUUCUGCUCAGGUACGAGGACAUGGCCCUGGAUCCGGAGCGAGUCACCCAACUCAUCUACAACUUCACGGGAUUCGAUGCUGUCCCUGAGAACGUUUCCAAGUGGAUCGCUGAAAAUACCAAAGCUGAAAAACCCGGGAUAUACUCCACCACUCGAGUGUCGAGCAUGGCGUACCAGUCCUGGCGCACUAAAAUAGACUUUAAGACUGCCAAGGCCAUCGAAAAAAUAGGACGCUGUGCUGAAAUGAUGGAGCAUUUCGGCUACCUUCCCGUUCGAGAUGAGUCACAUCUCAAGGACUUGUCUUCUUCUCUGUUAGCGCCGAUUCCUCCACCCCACGACUCCCAGAGAUAUCAUCUCGAGUGACGGAACAUGAACAGUCCCCCCCUCCCACCUUUGUUGCUGUAAACCCAGCUGACUGCCUCUAGUCUUUGACAAGGCCAUCGUGAUGUGAACAGCCAAGCCCUGACAAGACAAAAAACAACCCACUUGCAAUAUAUUUACAUGUGCAUUAUAUUGCAUUGUAUCUUUUUCCCCAGAGCGUCAGUCCUGCAAAUGUGGACAUCCACACUUAUAUUUUCCAAAGAUUUGUUAAACAGAACAGGUGUUAUUAAUGUUGUGAUUUUUAUUUUAUAAAUGUUUAUCUAGUUCUCCAAAAAAGAAAGAAUGGCAAUUUAAAUUUUGCCGCGAAAUUCCUUCCGGUUCAGUACUUCGAAACCCCACUCGUUGGCUGAAUAUAAAACGGUCGUAUUUUUUUACUUCACCAAGCUCGUAAGUGUUCUCUGCACACCCGUCGACCUAACUUGGGACUUUACGUAAUUCAACUGUACAUAAACUUUAUUAUAUUAAGUUUUGGAUCUAAGGUUUAUUGCAAUGUAUCGAUUAACUGUUGGGUAUCGAUACUGGUUUGCAGCUACAUGUUCAUGUACAUGUACUCCACACAGAUGAUUUCCGCUCCUGAGACAUAAGACGUUGCCGAAGUGAAAUUGUCAUGCAUUUAGCUUCUCAAGUAUCAGAGUUUGUUUUUUUAACUUUCUCAACAUGGAAUGAAUAAUCAUUCCACCGUAUUACUUUCGCUGAAAAAUCAGAACGAAAUUUUUUUUACCCACCAACCCGUCCCAAGUUUUUUCGGUUUACGAAUUUCGUGAAAUAGGAAAGAAAACUACUUGUUCGAUUUGCCAAUUAAGACCUCUCUGCUUUGCUUACUUCAGUUGAAUGUGUUCGUACGAGUGACCGAACUGUCCAAAAUUAUCACCCUUGCUUGCUGUCGGAUAUUAAAAUGCACAUGUACUUUUGUCAAACUGAACAUCUGCCCCAUUAAAUCUGUGAAGGGGCAUACUUUCAUGUGCUGAUAUUUAGUUGUAUAGCAGUAUUUAUUUUUAAGUAUUUCCAUAGCUACGUGAGAUAUGUUUCACGCUUUGUUAAUUAUUUUCUAACCUGAUUUAUACUGCCGGCCAGCCAUAGUUUGGAAACCACUGGUGGGCAAAUGAUACAUGACGCAGAGGGACGUCCGUAAUACAUGUAAUAAUCCCUGUCAGUCAUUACCUGCGCGUUGCCCUAAGUGUGCUAUACUUUAAGUCCAACCCGCCUUGAUUGAUAAAACUGCUUUACUGCCUGCAUCAAUUUUAGAUUUUCUCAAGGUACUUCUCGACAAUCAAUAAAGUUAACGUUGAGAAAAAAACGAAACCAAGACCAA